AAAUAAUUUUCAAAUGAUUCUUUGUUAGAAUUUUUAUUAAAAACCGGAUACUAUAAAGAAACAUUGGCUGAAAGCAAUCUUAAAACCAGUCUUGAAUAGAAUAUAUGAAUGUGCAGUCUACCUGAAGAUGCGUUGGCCGAUUUAGCAACGCGAGAAAUAAAGUUCCGCGAUUCACCUCAACGAACUCGUACAAUGAGACAAAAAGAAACUGAUAAGCAGUCACGUAGCUGUGAGAAUUCACUAUUGACAAUCGGAACUAACUAUUUUAAUCCCACGGUGUAUUUAUAGAUUUUUCCUAUUCCCGCACGGGUGAAUAUAAUCCGCUGAAGGAAGAUUGUUCUCCGAACAAUUUCUAACGAUUGUCGCUAUUCGAUCAAACGUAAGAAUAAAUCGCUUUUCGAGAUAUAAAUUGAUCAGGCGCGCUUUUAUAUUAUUUCGUUGUAUUCAUGUGGUGAGUAAAGUCAACAAUUCAAUAAAUGAACAACAUUGACGAGAAUUAAAAUGCCAUAAAUGAAAAAGUACAUACAUAAAUUUUAUAAAUUACUGUAGUAAAAGAGGUGACUUUGUCAUUAUUCUUGAGGAAAGCAGAUCGCAAACUGUCAUCGAUCUCGUGAAAACUGAGUCAUUUUAGAUAUGUAAAAAUAGCAACACAUGACUGAUAAGUAUUUAUUGACGUAAUGCAAUUUCUGAAAAAUAAAGUUAUCUGUCACACAUAUGUAUAUACCAUUUAACAUUUGAUAUUGCUAAUCUAUCAAUCAGCCGUUCUGCAUCCGACGUCAUCAAUGGACGCGCGCUAGCUGGCUACUGAUACUUUUUAAAUGUAGCAGCCGUGCUGCGUGGACUUCCCAGUAUUACGUCGGCGGCUGACCACGUCGCAUGGAUUGCGAAUUCGCUUCGGAAUCGGAUUCAGCUGAUCAGCGAGACGUACGGAGUUUCGAGUGCCGUGAAUGAACCCGUGAACGUCGUAUGGUGAUUGACUGACGACCAGCCAAUCUAGAUUUUCCACGACGUCUUAUCCCUCCAUCUCGAUCGGGAAACUGAUCGAAUUCAUUUGGCCGGAGAACGUGGGAGCCCUUCGUAAUUUUACGUCGGCAGACAGCCAAUCGCGAAGCCGGCAUCUGCGUGUCCAUAAGUGCUGCUGAAUUACUCGAAAUUUAUCAUCGUCGUGGCAAAUUAAUAUAAUGCUGUACGAAAUAAUGCUUACGUAAUAGUAGUAUUAUCAGACGAAGUGAAAGGAACGCGUACUGACCUUGGCAGACAACACACAAUAUUCGGGAUGUGGAUAACACGGAAACUCCAUCAGACAUCUUCAAAUAUGUGACGUUACAGACGAACCUCGAUCACGGAAGGGAAUUCGAAGAAACCGUGGAUUCGAGAUGACGACCAAUAUCACAUCUAUGGUGCUGGACUAUCUGGUGUUUAUCGGGUUUAUCGUGGUUUCGUUCGUGAUACCGCUAUGGGGGAACUUCAAAACGAAAAAAAAGGAGACGAAGGCGAAUUAUGUGUUUGCCACCGGCAGCGUGUCGAUGGGUGCGAUGAUGCUAUCAAUCGCACGUGGAACUCUCGGCGUCAGGUCCUUCCUGGGCUACCCUUCGGAGCUGUAUUAUCGAGGUAGCGCUAUGUGGGAGACUCUGUAUGGAAUGCUGCUAGCAUAUCCCAUCGUCUGUUUCAUCUUCGUACCCGUUUACUACAACCUCGGUAUCACGUCGGUCUACCAAUAUUUGGACCUGAGAUUCAAGUCAAAACUAGUCAGAUGUCUGGCGAGUUUCUCUUACGUCGUGCGGAGUCUCCUGAACUUGGCGGUCACGGUAUUCACCCCUUGCGUCGCGCUGAAAGCGGUAAUAGGGCUUCCGUACUGGGCUAGUAUCGUGGGAAUAACGACUAUUUCCGUGGCUUUCACGAUCAUAGGAGGUUUAAAAGCUGCUAUUCUGUCGGAUGUUAUACAAGGCCUGGCGAUGAUUGGUGUAUCUAUGGUUAUCAUCAUCCAGGGAACUAUCAAUGUUGGCGGCCCGGCUAACGUCUUCAACGUAACUCACGAGCGUGGACGACUGGAUUUUUUCAACUUUGAUAUGGAUCCGACUCUUCGAGUAACAACAACGUCGGCGACACUAGGUCAGCUCUUCAUGAGUUUAUCCAUUUUCGGAUGUCAGCAGAAUUUUGUUCAGAGAUAUUGCAGUAUGUCCAGCCAAAGAAAGGUUGUCAAGACGAUGAUGGCCAACAUGCCUAUAAUUAUUAUCUUGUUCUCACUGUCUUGGAUCGUUGGAAUGGUGAUUUUUGCCAAUUACGCCGACUGCGAUCCACUCAAUAUGGGAUACAUUUCGAAAAUCGACGAGAUUGUGCCGUUCUACGUUGAAGACAAAUUCUCCAGUGUGCCCGGAAUGUUAGGUCUGGUCAUGGCAACUCUCUUCAACAGCGCCUUGACUUUGGCGGUGUCGAAUCUCAAUUCUCUCGCAACGGUGACUUUCGAAGAUUUCUUUAGUCACAUACCUGCGUUGAGUGAUCUGAAAGACACGCAGCAGCUCCACGCGAUUAAAAUAAUCGGCGUUAUCUACGGUUUAAUGAUAAUCGGCAUUAGCUUCUUGGUAGCAAUGUUAUCUGGCGUAAUAGAAUCUUCUAUGCUGAUGACAUCGGCGACGUCUGGACCUCUCCUCGGUGUAUUCCUCCUCGCUAUGUUGAUACCUUGUGCCAAUUGGAAAGGUGCCGCCGCUGGUAUGAUUUUCAGCCACGCAACAACGAUAUGGAUCACCUUCGGUCAUCUCAGUCUGGGAAACGUGAAAGAGAUGUUACCUCUGUCGACGGAAAGUUGCCACAACGAGACGUUUUCCUCGUGGGUUACCAAACCGAUUAGCCUAGAGUCCUACUCUUCACCGAACGUCUCCAGCUGGACGACAAUGCAGAAAAACCUCACGCUAUCGUCCGUCGACGAGAGCAAUAAAUCAUCUAAUCCUAUAAACGUUCUUUAUGGAAUAACCUACAUGUAUUACGCACUUAUUGGAAGCAUAACGACGGUCGGCGUUGGCAUCAUCGUGAGUUUAAUUACGGCCGAUGCCGAGGCCGACAAGUACGAAGAGCACUUGCUGCAUCCUUUAGCGCGAAAGAUAGCGGGAUUCUUUCCCGGGAAGCGGAGGCUCUACGCUAGCAACGCUCGCCUUGGGGAUAAAAAUGACACGGACAUCACGAGUGCCACCGUUUCCUCGGUGAUAUCUAUUCCCGACAGUCUCGAGAAGGAAACUUCUCCUCAAAGAUGUGUCGAUGAUAGGGGAAAGCAACAGCUAAGUGAUGGCUACGUGGAGAAGCUCAACGCGCUAAAGAACGCGUCCCUCGAUGUAACCAAUGAGAUCAGCAAGCACACUAGAUUAUAGUAUUAUGAUACAAGGUCGCAAAUGUUCUUCGUGCGUUAUUCGCCGUAUCACCGUUAGAUCGAAACUCGACACUUGUGAGAACAGGGACAUACUGUGAUGUACGCGACAUGCGAACGUUUAUGUAUAUGUUAGUGCCAAAUUUUAUUACCCGAACAUGGAACGCGGGUUUGUGACCUGUGCGCGUGAAACGUAAUUACGCGUGAGCAAAGUUUCUCUCGAUUACAGUACUCGAGCUACACUCACAUUUAGCUCAAAAUAUCACUCAAAUGAAGGCAAUUCAGGGAUGCAAUUCGCGAAAACUUCUAACUUGCGUGUGCCAAUUAGAGUUAACUACGAGACAUGCGUGACGUUAUAAACUGUAUUUAGACACGAACACGAUUUACUGGAGACGAUUGUCAAGUACACACGUGUUUGCUGAAUGGAAUUCACGUCACCGCUCGCAAUGAAUGAUUUCUGUAUCUAAGCGAAGAGAACAGAAAUAGAAUUCAGUACAAUUACUAAUAGCAACUGGUGAAAAAGAGUCACGUUUACAAUAAUCGAAAACGCGGAUACAGUUCUGUAAAAUUUUAUUACAGAUCACGAAAACUUAAUUAUCAAGCCACUAGUUGAUAAAGUAAUUUUCUCGUUUUUGUUGCUGCACGAUGUUUCGAUUUUAUAGUCGGAAUAUUCAAGUGUAUUCUUGCUACGCUUCUUCUCCAAUUAUUUAAUAUAUUCGAUAGAAUUCUCCUUCUUUCCUCAAGAAGGAUUAAUUUAUUGAAUCUUAUUUACCCAUUUUAAAUGUAUGUUUUAACAAAUAUAUGUUUUAAAAGUAUUUCCAUAAAGAAAAGUGAAAUUGAUAUAAAUAAAACAAAAAUAAGAUAGCCAAUACGAGUAAGAUAUAGGUAGCUCGUAUUCUUUUAAGUUGUGUUACUUUUAUUUUGUGACUAUAUUAAGAAUCAUUUUCUCUUGCAUUAAAAUAACAAAAA